AUGCUAUGGGGGGAAGAACACAUCGAAUCUACAGCUGCUGAAGCUGCUGAAGCUCCUGCAGCUCCUGAAGCCCUCAUAAACGAACUCAAAAGCCGUCUUUCUGCGACGAUUUUGGAUAGGUUUAAGAAACCUGUGGCGGCUGCGCAGAGUUCGAGUGAGCAUCAGCUUCCGUGGGAUGAUUCGGUGGCACUUAAAUCGCAUGUCACCCCGACGAUUACUGUGGCUUCGUCGUAUGUGGUUAGAGGUAAGAAAGGUCGUGGAGAUGAGGAAAAAGGACCGGUACAUUGGGAUAGUUGGACAGAUCAUGGAGAAGUGUUUCGUCCGCAUCUUGGUAAGACCGGAUGGAGGUCUGCCUAG